GGACUUUGGCAUGGCCCGCACCAAGCAAGCGACCGCCACCUCCAUCACGAUCGACCGACAUGCCGGCGGAACACUCAUCUACAUGGCGCCGGAGAUGCUCGACCUGGAACAGCCCAGGGGUGCUUCCUUCAAGACCGAUGUCUUUGCCUUUGGCAUCAGCCUGUACGAAGUCCUCAAUGAUGGCAAGGAUAUCUGGGUUGACGUAGACGGUCGCCCGCUCAACCUGAGAACGAUCGAACGACAGAUUUGCAAUGGCCGUCGACCUCCCCGGCUUGGUCGGAUCCCUGAGGCUAUUUGGGCACUGAUUGAGAAAUGCUGGCACCAGGAUCCAACCCAGCGACCGACGUUCACCAGCAUCCUGGCCACUCUGGAACCGUACCAACUCCGUGCUCCUCCACAAGGUGUCGCAUUCUUUGAGCCGGGGGCCAGACUCGCAGAUGUCGUUGCUCCUGAAGGCAAUGAACCGCCACCAGCGUAUCCUGCCUAUCAGUACGACCAGCAUCCACCCGUGCAAGCGAACCCCCCGGUGCGUUAUACUCAGCCCGCCGCACCUCAGUUCGGUCCUGGGCCACCAAGAGCAGAAGCAGCUCUCCAGGACAAUCUCGCCAUGCUCCUGGGAGACGAAGAGCUAGAUGCACUCAGAGUGAAGGCCCAGAGUGGCGACCAUAGCAAAUUUCUCGAUGCUGCCGAGAUUCUGCUGGCCAUGCUGCAUCGAACAGAUCCAGUCUGGCGCGGAGCCUUGGAAUCGUUCCAGACAGCUAGCGCAAAGAACGUCGAGGCCACCUUUGCAUUAGGCUGGAUGCACCUCAUGGGCCUUGGCACGGCCAAAGACGAACGCAAGGCACUUCGUGUCUGGGUCGAUGUCCAGCCAUCCAAGGGCCUCAUGGGCAUAUUCACAGGACCAACCGAUAUCGAGCGGGCCAUCUGCGAUCUCAUUCCUGUACUCCGCAGAUGGUGCUAUGCUGCUGGAUAUGGAACGUUCGUGAACUGGACAAGAUGGAAGAACACCCCUGAGCGACCCUUGAUUGAUUCGCCCCACCACCAAAAGCUCGUCCGCUGGUGCACUCUGAGCGCGCCGACGGACCCUUUCUGCAAGUUUAUGCUGGGCCAGUGCCACCACGAAGGAAUCGGCACUCCGAGGGACCGACGGCUCUCCAGCCGGAUCUUUGAAGAACUCGCAAACGAAGGCUACCCUCUCGCGCAGGUGCAAAUCGGGCACUGCUAUUGGAACGGCUAUGGCGUGGCCAGAGACGACGGAUGUGCGCUGCACUGGUUUCGAACAGCAGCCGAUCGCGGCUGCGCCUGGGGGCAGAGCAGUCUGGGCGACUGCUAUCGGUUUGGUGUGGGUGUUCCCAAGGACCACGAUCAGGCGGAAGCAUGGCGCCAGCAAGCCGCACGCAACGGAUUCCCGAAUUGAUUCCCGAGGUGAUUCCCGAGGUGAUAUGUCCCAGGUCGUUAUCUCAGAAUACAAUUCAGAUCGCGUUACACUUUGCACGAUCUCAUUUGCCAGCGUAGUAUGCGAUGGCAUGCGCCAAGCUGAGCCGUAAGAAAUACAGUCGGUCCAGAAAGAAAACGGGACAGUCACUUUCUGGCUUCAGAUGUCUGAAGCCCGCUGACUG